AUGAAAAAUCCAUUUAAAAAACUAAUGAUUUCGAAUGAUGAAACCAUAAUUGAUAGAUGCAAAGGUGCUAUUAUUGGAGCAUGGCUUGGAGAUGCAAUAGGAGCUGUGCUUGAAUUCCAAGGAGUCCCAAAUGUGUCUUCUCUUAGAGCUGCUUUUGAACUAAGAGGGGGAGGGUUGCAUCAUGCAGGCCCAGGACAAACCACUGAUGACAGUGAGCUUACUUGCUGUCUUUUGCGAGGACUGUCUAAUAGUAGCAAUCUAAAUUUAAACUAUAUAGCUGAACAGUAUGGAAACUGAAUUACUUCAAGACCUUUUGAUCUGGGAGGAUCCCUCAGAAACAGUCUACCAAAAGCUGCAAACCUAAAAAGCCACGUCGCAGAAAUGGUAAGAAGAGGUGCAGCAAAAAACCAAGAUUCCCAAAGCAAUGGCUGCUUGAUGAGAAUUUCGCCAUUAGCGGUGUGAUGCCGAAAUUUAAGUCCUGCAGAUAUAGUUAAAGCGGUUAAAGAAGAAGUCAGCCUUUCUCACCCAAAUGUGACGGUUCAAUUGGCAUGUUGUUUUCAUGUGAUGGCGAUUGGGAUGCUAAUUAAUACUAGAGAUAGAAGAAGCUCUUAUAUGAGGACUAAAGAAGAAAUGGAACCUUAUAUGAAUAAUGAAAUACGAGAAUGGGUAGGCUUAAUUGAAGCUGAGUCUAUUGAUUUGCCUGUGAAUAAAGCAUCUGGGUGGGCUAAAAUAGCAUUUGUGUAUGGAUUUAGAAGCCUUUUAGCGGGGGAUAGAUACUUGGAAGCAGUUGAAAAGAUUUUAUCAGGUGGUGGAGAUACAGAUACAAACGCUUGUAUUAUUGGGUCAUUAAUUGCUUCUGCAGAUGGACUUUCAGCUCUUCCAAUAGAAAAGGUAAAUCGAGUUUUAGCUUGGUCCCCAACUCUUGGAGGGAUAAAAAGGCCAAAAUGACUGAGACCUAGCUCUUGUAUUAGCCUUAUUGAUAGCCUCAUUGCCAAUUCUCCUACACAAUUAACUAUAAUUGGAGGAAAAGAUGAAUAUCCCGCAAAGAAAAAACCUGUAAAAAAAUAG